AUGGGCGAUCACGACAUUCGCACACCCCCAUCACCCCAAUCCAUCACAUCAUCAUCGGCAGCAUCAUCAUCAGCAUGCACAAUAUUAUCCUCGCAUCAGUCAAUGCCAUCUGCACGCAGAACAAGCAGGUCACACAAGCCAAAAUUGAGCCUUUCAGGUGAAGUCCAAUCCAACAUCGAAGACGUGCGCGGCCAAGUUGAUUCUCUUAGCAAGGGCAUCAAUUAUGUUUACUCAGUGAAGGUGGUGCACUCUGAAUACAAGAUCACCAAAGUAAAUUCCCACCCCCAGAAAGUCAAGAUUGACUUCCAACGCAAGCAAGCCAAGCUCAAAUGCAACAAGGCUGCUAUCAUCCAUCAACGUGUUCAAGAAUCAAAGUCCCUGGAGAUUCAGCUCUUCGAAGCCCAAGCCAAGGCUCAUCUUGAGAAGAGGGCUAUGCUUGAGCUCAAAAUUGAGCUUCUCAAAUUGAAGGAGAGCUUACCGUCUUGCUCAAGUCCGGCUUAG